AUGGAUGUUUCUACUGAUUCUGGCCCAGAAACGAAUCUAGAUGCUUCUCGUAGUGAUGCUGGUGCUACUGCUGGUGCUAGUGUCGGUUUCGGUUUGGGUGCUGCUACUGAUGCUGGGAUUGAUAGUGCUGCUCCUGGUGUAGGUACGGUUGGGAGCGGUGGCAGCAGUGGCCUUGGGAUUGCCGAGAUGGGGCUGGAUGGAGGGUCAGGAUGGGCGGAUCUCGGUGUAGAGGAGUUUCUGCGUGGUUUAGAUGGGCUUGAUAACGCGUUUGUAGAGUUAGAAGAUAUGUUUCCUGUGGCGAUCGCGCCCACUCCUCCCCUUGAGGCUCCUGCUUCCGCCCCUUCUGCUGCAGCUGGCGGCGGUGCUGGUGGUAGUGGCGGAAAUGCUUUUGACGAUAUGAUGGUGGAUGAUAUGGAAUGCGCCAAGAAGGGAGACCCAAUCGCCCUCCUCGUCUCAGUCGCCAAGGCCAUUGUCUCAGGCGACCAGGCACGCGUGCACCAGCUGCUCUCAAGCCUUAAUGACGUGGCCUCAGUCUAUGGGACGGUCACUCAGAGGCUCUCUGCGUAUUUUCUUGAAGGGCUGAUUGCUAGGGUUGCCGGGGCUCCGCCGAAGCACUCCCCGAACCUGUUUCACAGGUUCGAUGCGAGCUCCGGGGUUAUGGGGAGGUUUGGCGGGGAGGAACGGGCGGGAGGAGCGGAAAGGGGGGAGGAGGAGGAGUGUAGGGAGGGGAGAGGGAAUGGGGCGGGUUUUGGUCAAGGGUAUGCAGCUGCAGGAGGGGAUGUGGGGGAGCAAGGGGAGGCGUUUCUAGACAAGGGAGGGCCGUUUUCAGACCAGGGAGAGCAAGGAGGGCCGUUUCUAGAGCAAGGAGAGCAGGGAGGGCGGCCGUUUGAGCAGAGGCAAGAGGCGGGGGAGUUGACUCCAGACGAAGCUGCUCUGAUUUCCAGUAGGGGGACAGUUUUUAUGCCAGGGGAAGCCACAGGGCUGGUGGUUCCCCCGCCCUAUAGGGGUGUGCCUGCUCCGGUUUCUCCCCCCAAUGUCGACUGCAACCGCACACUGCUGGAGUCAUUUCAGGUGCUGGUGAACGCAACACCCUUCCUGACCUUCGGCCAGGUCGCAGCCAACAGCGCCAUUCUCGAAGCUCUAGCGGACGAACCCCGGGUUCACAUCAUCGACUUUGGCAUCGGUCACGCACUCCAGUGGCCCGCUCUCCUGCAGGCGCUGGGUGCUCGACCCGGAGGGCCUCCCCACGUGCGCGUGACUGGCAUUGAGGUGCCUCAGUGCGGAGCCAUGUCUCCUUAUUGUGCGAUGAAGGCAGGGAAGCGACUGGAGGUGAGUCGAAUUGUGAGGGUUCUCAACCCUCCUCACGUGCGCGUGACGGGGAUAGAGGUGCCUCAGUGCGGAGCCAUGUCUCCUUACUGUGCCGUGAAGGCAGGGAAGCGGCUGGAGGCUCUGGGUGCCAGGCCGGGGGGGGCGCCUCACAUGCGCGUGACUGGGAUAGAGGUGCCUCAGUGCGGAGCAAUGUCUCCCUACUGUGCCAUGAAGGCAGGGAAGCGACUGGAGGUGAGUCGAAUUGUGAGGGUUCUCAACCCUCCUCACGUGCGCGUGACAGGGAUAGAGGUGCCGCAGUGCGGAGCCAUGUCGCCCUACUGUGCCAUGAAGGCAGGGAAGCGACUGGAUCGACGUGCUUCAGUGCGGAGCCAUGUCUCCUUACUGUGCCAUGAAGACAGGGAGUCAGCAGCAGCCAUGUGGGGGGUGCCUCUGCGCUACCACUGGGUGAUGUCUCGUCUGGAGGACGUCACUCCCUCAAUGCUCAACCUGCACCCAGGGGAAGCCAUCGCUGCCAACUGCGCCCUCCGCCUCUCCCAACUCCUCGACGAAUCAGAGCAGCCCAACGCUGCUGCCAACCCUGCCACCGCAGCUAGCACGGUCUUCGCCAAGCCUGUUUCCGAGCCUGCUCCCAAGCCCGUUUCCGAAGUAGCGGCAGCAGCAGUCGGAGCGGAUGUGGACAGGAGGGCAGACGUGGAUGGGGCGUAUCUAGACAGGUCGUAUCUGGACGGCUCAGAUUCAAACAGGGCAUAUCUGGACAGCUCAGAUCCAGACAGGUCGUACCUGGCGAAGGCAGAUUCGGACGAAUCCCCGCGUACAAGAGUGCUGCGAACGAUCCGGAUGCUGAGGCCCAAGGUGGUGACGGUGGUGGAGCAAUACAGCAACCACUCCUCGCCCUUCUUCCUCGCGCGGUUUUAUGAAGCCCUGUAUUACUACGCUGCGCUGUUUGAAUCUAUCGAUGCGUCGCUGCCGAGAAACGAGGUCGCAAGAAGAGUGUUUGAGGAACAGGUGCUAGGCCGGGCGAUUGUGAAUCUGGUAGCAUGCGAGGGGCAAGAGAGGGUGGAGAGGCAGGAGCCGUUGGAGCAGUGGCAGCAGAGGAUGCUCAGAGCGGGCUUCAAGCCUCGAGGAUUGAGCGAAGGGGUGGUUACCACCCUGCAUGCACUGUUACAAACGUACAACAAGGUGGGGCAUGACGUGCGGAGAGUAGACGAGGCGAGCGUGGUGCUGACGUGGAAGGGCAACCCCCUAUUGGCCAUGAUGGCAUGGGAGCCGCAGGAAUGA